AUGUCAAGCUUGCAGAUCCUGGCUCUUCUCAGCGGCCUGGCCGGGCUGGGGGCCACUAUCGCUGCCACGGUGUCGAACGAAUGGAGGGCCACCAGCCGAGCAUCCUCAGUCAUCACAGCGACCUGGGUGCUCCAGGGUCUCUGGAACAACUGUGCUGGAAAUGCCAUUGGAGCGCUGCACUGCAGACCGCAUCAUACUAUUUUCAAGCUGGAAGGCUACAUCCAAGCUUGCAGAGGACUGAUGAUUUCAGCCAUUUGUUUGGGAUUUUUUGGUUCCACAUUUGCUCUUGUUGGAAUGAAAUGCACCAAAAUCGGAGGAACCGACAAAAACAAAGCCAGGAUUGCCUGCUUUGCUGGUGUAAAUUUCCUUUUAAGUGGCAUCUGCUCACUUUCAUCAUGCUCCCUUUAUGCUCACCGGAUUACAUCAGAGUUUUUUGACCCAAUGUUUGUUGCACAGAAGUAUGAACUUGGAGCCGCUCUCUUCAUUGGCUGGUCAGGUUCUAUCCUCUGUAUCCUCGGGGGCACCAUGCUCUGUUUCUCCAUCGCAGGUUCUUUUACCAAGAGCCGCAGACAGGCAAACUAUAUCUACAAAAGUACUGCUUCUCAUAUCUCCUCCUACCCGAGAGGGCAGGCAAAGCCUGUGACCCAGAGGCCGCCCCCAGACUACAGCAACUCCUCCAGGAUGGAGCACUUUGAUAAGAAUGUUUAUGUGUGAGGGAUGUGAAUAUAAAACACUUGAAGUUGAAGACACCAAUGAGUCUUAAAAUAUGUAAUCUAUACUAUGUAAAAGAUACAGCAUACUAUGAAACAUGGUGGUUUCUGUCUAAUAGCACAGAAAUGUACUGAGAUUAAUCUGUAGCUCAUUAGGAAUUACAUUACAUUACAAAU